AGGCCACUGUUUGUUAGGGAUUUAGUCCCAGCUUUAUUAUUUAUGAAGACACCUUUCGCAAGGCAUCCAGUUGCACAAAUAAACGUUUAUGUUAGUGUUACACCAUAAGAAGCUUUGAGAUAUGGACCAUUCCGUGCUUUGAUUAAUCACGAUGCAUUUCCGAGCAAGAGGGAACAGGUAGCGUAUAUACGCGAAAAGCAACGGAGACAACAAUGCAUGUAUCUCUCUUGUUCAUCGCGACGACAUUGACGACGCCCAGACGCAUUCUCCAAGUUCGUCUAUGGAGUUGGGGUUUUUUGUUGUGUGUGUGUGUGUCUAGUGUACCUAUUUUUGCAAGGAAAAAAACGUGUAAAAGUAUCGGUGAAGAAUUGUUAAAAUAAACAUAAGCACUUGUUAUUAACAUAAUCAACCUUGCCGUCCAAUCCCAGAAUUUUUUACUGUGACCUCUUCUGCUGUACUGUCCGUUCAAUGAACUAAUAACGUUUAUCACUCAUCAGUCGUACGAUCCCAACUAUUUGUAAUGCGGCCGAGUUUUGACGUGCCAAAACUUCAAUAAACGCCGUCGGCGAAGCACCGAACCCAACCCCAACCCCAAGUGACGUGACAGGUGAAGGAUUUUUUAAAGAAAACGAGGGGAUCAAAUCGAGUCUACGACCACAUAUCCCAAGACGGUCGCCGAUCCCAAUCCGAUCAGAGCCUGAAGUCAGAAACUGACCGCAGGCAUCUCGCUGGGAGACGGUUGCAGGAAGCAAGCGAGCGUUACAAGGGAACUGCCGCACGCCCGCACCGAUCCCUCCCCACCGUCCACGCCGCCCCCGUCUCCUCCAAACCCGGCCACCCACUCGCCACCGCUCCGCCCUUUAUAGGCAUAUAGGAGAGCCAUCCCACGAGCGCCGCAUGCACGCAUGUAGGAGAGACUACCCUACGGCAGUUCCCUGCGGAAGCCAGCCGGGCAGACGUACGAGAGAUCAGCGAGUCGCCGCGAGAAAGGGGAUCGCGCGGAAAGCGAAUCAAUAAUCCACCUGCUCAGCAUCAGUCGAUGGAGAUGAAGAUGUCCGGCUCGGGCUCCGGAUGCAAGAAACGGCCGCCGAGCCGUCUCCAGAAGCAUGCGCCGGCGUCGCUGCAGCUGGAGCAGGCCGCCGCCGCCGGUGCGGGGACGGGGACGGGGGCGGCGCCCGCAGUGUGGGGCGACGGGAGGGCGCCGAUCCCGCUCCUGUCGCCGCUCGUCGUGUCGCCCACGGUGCCGGUCUGGGAGGCGGACCAGGCGGGGGCCGCCGCCAGGAAGGAGGGGGGAGGGGACCAGCUGGCCGAGGGCAGGAGCGGUGCCGAGCAGCAGCAGCGUGGCGCCGCCCGGCACGGCGGCAGCGGGGAGCGCCAGGCGCACGACAUGUCCCCCAGGCCGCCGUCGCCCGCGGUCGGCGCGGGGUGGCGGCACCCGGCGCUGUCGGCUCCGGUGGCGGAGCCGGCGUCCCUCGUGCCCUUAUUCCAGUCGCAGUGCGCGUUGGAGGUGCGCAACGCGCAGCAAUGAGGGAUUGAGGGGAAACGCUUGCUCAGCCAAGCAACCAGGCCCUAGCCCCCUAGUGCGCGCGCUCGAGCUCACGACAGGCGCCGCUGCGACGUGAGAAGACGCCGACGCUUCCGUCUUCGCACGCUGUCCUCGUCGUGAUAUCUCUUUUGAACAACUAGCAUGCAUUGAUUUUGUUCUUCGUUAGAUUAUCGUGAUAUCUCUAUAAUGUGGUCGCUGUUCUUUGUGAAUAUUUAAACUCUAUCUCGUUUUAGCGAUGGCUGAAUCAAAAUGUCAGCGGGAACCGAUCCCCGAUUCCCCGCGGAUGGGUUUGGGACAAAAUCUCUCCCCACGUGGAGCUAAAUGGGGCAAAAUCUGUCCCCGUCGGGUUUUGUGGGGGCGAGUCUGGUGUGCCUCCUCCGUCCCCGUUCCCCGUGGAGACUCGAUAAUAAUAAACUUAUGCUCGAUGUUUGGAUUCUUAGUUGCUAUUUCUAGUUGAUGAAUCACUUGUGGUGAAUGUAUGAACAAUGUGAUUGUUUCUGUGUUGUUAUGAACUAUGCAGUAGGCAAUUAUGGACAAAUGGAUGUUAUUUGUAUGUGAAUUAUUGAAUAUUUGCUGAUGUUUA